UUUUUCAUCUCUUUUGUUUGUUUUCCUGAGUUUUCUUGUUUUGUUUCUGAUCUUGGUGUUUGGCGCAAGAAAAAGGAGAAAAGACCCAAGUUUCAGAGAUUUUGAGGUUUUUUUUUUUCUUCUUUCUCUUGGGGUUUUGUUAGAGGAAGAAGGCCCUGCUUGGCUUUCUUUUGUUUUUCUGGGUGUUAUGGUUCUGUUUGUUUUUGUGUUUGGCGUAGGAAAAAGCUGAAAAGAAACCAAAGCAAAAGAUUUUGCAGGUUUUUGUGUUUUAUUUCAACCCUCUUCUUGUGGUUUUGUUGGUCGUCUGUAGAUUUCUGUUUCCGAAGCGAAGACUUUAACUUUCUUCAUGACUUGUUUCAUGUGGUUCUUCGAAUACCUACGUUUUCUCUUUGGUCUUAUUUAUAGAUCUUGCCAAUGAUUUCCUAGGUUUCUUCUUAUUCUUUUUUUUUUUUGUUUUUUCAAUAAUUUUGUUAUGUCUUUGUUUUUUCUGGGUUGGUUCUCUGGAUUUGCUGUCUUUUCUUUGAUAUUUUUUGUUUUUGAGUUUUUUGUUUCUGCAACAUCAAUCUCUAUUUGUAGAUCUACUGCAUUAGAUGCGUAAUUUGGCCACCUACUUGAUAUUUUUGUUGAUUAUGUCAUUUUCUCUCCCAGAUGCAUUAAUUUAUCCAUCUCUCUUUCAUACUAUUUGAAUUGAUUCAUCCUUGUAUGAGUAUGGUGGUUUCCUUGGCAGAUCUUUCCUUGAGAAACCACAUUUGCUCUUUUCUUUUAUUACUUUUCAAUGUUCAGUCAUCUAUUUUCCUUUUGUUUGUGAGAUCUGCUAGAUUCAAGAUUUUGCAGAACAUUUUCCUUCUGUUUGUGAGAUCUACUAGAUUCAAGAUUUUGCAGAACCUGGAAAUUGACAUGCCCCAGUGUUGUGCCUUUGGUUACACAUUGCAGAGCAGAUUUCCGGAUGUUCCUUGGAAGAGCCUACGCACCUGCAACUUCCUACUCGGCUUUAUGAACCUCCCCAGUCGCAUACGCAGGGCCCAUAUGGUUCAAUCCUUCUCUGUUGUCUUCCUCUAUUGGUUCUACGUCUUCUCAUGAACUAAAGCUGCACCAAUCUGAUCGAAGCUUUCCAUCUCCUUCCUGUUGAUCCUGCAAUAAAUCAUUGAACAUUCUUCUCUGAGAUUCGGUCAUCUAUAUUCGAUGUCUUCCGGUUUCCAAUUCAAAGCCACAGAUUCUGCAAAACCUGCAGCAUCCCCUCCUAUGCAGAACAGUUCUGGAUCUGAAGGGGAUCCUCAAAUUGACGACAGGAAGCGGAAAAGGAUGAUAUCGAAUCGGGAGUCGGCCAGGCGGUCAAGGAUGAGGAAGCAGCAGCGCUUGGAUGAACUGUUGAACCAAGUGACUGCGCUUCAGACUGAGAACAAUCAGAUGAUAUCCAGGAUCGAUGCAACAGCACAGCAGUACCAAAAGAUUGAAGGCGAAAACGCUGUCUUGAAAGCUCAGCUGGAUGAGCUUACUGAAAGGCUUCAGUACCUGAACUCUGUGCUUCAUUUCGUGGAGGAUUUCAGUGGGAUGGCCAUGGAUAUUCCCGAAAUUCCAGACCCCCUUUUGAAGCCAUGGCAGCUUCCUUGCCCAUUCCAGCCCGUUUUUGGAUCUGCUGACAUGUUUCCAGCACUGAUUGUUUGAUCUUUGAGUCAGAAAAAUCUGAGAAGUUGGUAUUUGUUCAGUCUGGUCUUAAUCAGUUGUAGCACUGUUUGUCUUCUGUCAUUCCUUUUGUUCCCGUGUUUCUUGUCAUGGUUUGAUGUUAAAAAUGAGAAUGUACUCUCUAAUUGGUCAAGUUCAUGUCCUGUUUUUGUUUGUCA